ACUCAUGAAGAUAAACUAAUACAUGAAGAAGUUGAAAUACAUUCAAAGAAAAAUGAGAUGCCCAAAAGGACUAACCUAAACAAAAAACAAGGGUGUAUUCAAAUAAAAGAUCUCUGGACAACAAUAAGGAAAUUGUCACUUCAGGAAAAUGCAGGGUUUAAAGAAGAGUACAUGGAGAUUCCUAAAGGUGAAUUACAUUCAUGUGAAGUUGGACAAAGAGAAGAAAACAAAGAUAAAAACAGAUACACGACGACAUUUCCCUACGAUCAUACUCGUGUCAUUCUACAGGAAUCUAGCAAGAACAAUAGUUAUAUCAAUGCUAACUACAUUAAGGACCUUUCUGGAGAAAAGAAAUAUAUUGCUACCCAAGGCCCAAAAAAGAAAACAAUAAUUGACUUUUGGGAAAUGGUAUGGCAAGAAGAAGUUACAACGAUUGUUUGCUUGACAAAUCUGAAAGAAGGGACAAGGGAAAAAUGUAAACAAUAUUGGCCAAACAAAAGUGAAAAAAUCCAACACGGACACUUUACAAUUCGUAACAAUGAAGAAAAGUCAUAUGCAAAUCAUGUGACGAGGAAAUUUCAUGUACAAAAUGUUGCUGAAAACAAAGAGAGAAACGUGCGGAUGUUUCAGUACACCCAGUGGACUGACCAUGGGGUUCCUGAAGCUAUAAACCUUGUCAUUUUCCAUCGGCAUUUCCUGAGAUCGGUUUCAGGGAAUUCUAUUCAAUCUAUCAUUUUAGUACACUGCAGUGCUGGCAUUGGGAGAACGGGUACCUUUAUAGCUUUGGACGCCCUCUACCGGGACGGUCUGACUUCAGGGUCUGUAAAUGUACAGGAAUAUGUAUCACAAAUGCGUCAUGACAGGAUGAACAUGGUACAAGGAGAGGAUCAAUAUAAAAUGGUGUAUGCUGCUUUAUAUGAAUCCUUCAGGGGAGAUUUACGACCUGUUGAUGCUGAGACUUUCCUUUCACAAUAUCAAAACUCCUCUUGUUACGUCAACCUUGGAGAGGUAGCGAAUAAGAAAACACCUGUGGAAGAUCAGUUUAAGGAACUUAGCUCUCUGAAUCCACACAAGACUGCAAAAUAUGGCAAAUCUGGACAUACAAAUUUAGGUGCCAGUUUUACUGACUCUGACGAGGAAAUGUCAGGUGAGAAAUAUAAGUGCUACGUGCUCUCCGACGAUGAAAAACCAGUACACUAUAAUGCUGUUGUUUUGCAGAGUUUUACUAAACCUGACGGAAUUAUAAGUGCCUCAUACCCAGCUGAGAAUCAAUGUGAAGAUUUUCUUUACGUGGUACGAGGGAGUGGGGCAUCUACAGUAGUUUUUCUAGGGCAACUUUCAGACAUAUCCUCGACGAAAUUCUGGUUUCCAACUAAGAAUGAGACUAAGGUCGUUGGCAGUUUCACAGUAAAAAUGAGAAUCUGUACUCCCUCUGAUUCUUUCACGAAAACAAAUAUCAUCAUACAGAAAAAGGGCUUUAAAGAUAUAGCUGUUUCUGUUCUGGAAUGCAACUUUUGGAGGGAGGACACCAUUACUGCUGAUUGUCAAAAGGUUCUGGAUGUUAUCGCAGAAGCCAGACUUGAAGAGACUACCCAUCCGAAUAGUAGACUACUAGUUCUGUCAAGUGAUGGUGCAAAACGUUGCGGUCCAUUUUGUGUUGCUUACAACGCAAUUGAGCAACUCAUCCUUGACAAAGAGGUUGAUAUCUUCACAGCAACACGACUGAUACAAAUCCGUAGGCCUGACAUGGUAUCAACUACUGAGGAAUUCCAAUUCUGUCAUGAUCUUAUAGCGGAGUAUCUACAGAAUCAUAUGGUUUAUGCCAACUAUUCAAGCUAGUUUGAAACCCCUGCUUCUUGGGAAUUAAAUGAACAUAUUUUUUACUUGAUUAUUUAUUGAUUAAAUUGCUAAAUUACUUUCAAGAAUUAUUUUGUUUCAUCUUUAUAUAAGGUCUGCUUGUAUAUGGUAGUAAGUCAAAUUUCAC